ACACCAUUCGCCAUCUCAAACGUGACACAACUAACAACUGCAUGCGAGGAAUGUCUUUGUGACUGUAACAUUUGUCACGAGGUGAGAUGUAAGAAUAAAUACCCCAUGUGACAAAUAUCAACAGAGUGAGAUGCGAUCUACUGGGAACAUCCGAGUGUUCUCGAUGUGUACAGCCGGUCUUUGUCUUCUUCUGUCUUACCUGUCCUCGGUUGCAGGUGUAAAGGUUGAGCCAUGCGACGAUGACGGCCUCGUGGAGGUACUGGCUGAUCAAAAAACAACUUUGACCUGCAGGGUCGAAGGUUACCUGGAGUGGAGACUACGAAUCGGACUACAACCAUCUGAUACAACAAUCAUUUUAGCAAGCUGUACCGAAGACGGGUGCAAUGGAAUAUCCUUCAAAGAAACGUUUGCGGCACAUGUUAGAGACAGUCUUACUAAAACGAUCACAAUCAACCCUGAGAACAACACCAAGAUACGCACCAACAUGAACCUCGUCAACGGAUUUAUAGAGUGUGUGCACACGGGGAAAAGUCGUGUGAAUAAUUCGGCUUACCCUGUAGGAUUCGAUCGCUGUGGUCUGAACUAUGUUUAUCCGGCAGAAAAAGUGUCAUGCGAAUCAUUUAAAAUCCAAUCGGCCAUCAACGUUUCCUGUAUCAUCGGAAGUGUUUAUUCCUCUCGUAGACUUUACAGGUGUCAUCUGUUUCUUCGUCAAAAUGAGUCAGCUGACGAGAGCCUGGAGAUUGUCGACAUGUUGACUUCACCGACCGACGAGAGAAUUACUGAGAAUGAAGUGAAGGUGUCCGGUUCCUGUCAGUUCAACACAACUCUCCCACAAGAGAUAGAAAGUUAUGAUCUUUAUGUCUCUGUCUCACCUGGUGGGAGGAACUACUCCGUGACACCGGCAACAGAAGACAAGUGCAUAACACAAACCACUGAAACAUCCUGCAUCAAACAUACUACUGACAAACCUUCCAGUGGCACAAGCAGUUAUGGCAAAAUAACAGUUGUUGUGACUGUCAUCGUCCUGGUCAUCAUCUUAUUCCUCAUCUGCCUUGUCAUCAAGAAGAAAAGGAAAGUUCUAGAUUACGAACAUGGUGUCCAAAGAGAGGAGAUGGGCAUUGAAGCAACGAUCAGGACAAAGAUUUUCCGGAAGCCGAGCGUUGUUGAUCAGCAGAGCCAGAAGUGUCUUGCGUCUGCAGCCAGCAGAGGGACGCACUUCUUAUAAUAUUUUAUGAACAAUUUCCAGAUAGUUACAUACUUCAGGACAGCAGAGAACCAGAAGCAUAAGUGAAUUCUUGUCCUUUUCGAUUGUAGACUCGACAUCAAUGUCAUAUGACAGAUCGUCAUCAUCGUCUACGAUGCACGUGACGCGCGACCCGCACACGUGUCGUAAAAUGUCCUUGAUCGCCUAACCUUUGAUCUUCAUUUCGCCAGCUUCCUGAUUGUAAAGGAUCAUCAACUGCCACCAUUUCUCAUCCUGAUCUUCGCUCCAUCCAUUUAUCCACAGACUGCUUUCGGGUGUCUUCGUCCUACAUCCUAUAUGUAUCAUUGUCAGCC